GAAGUGAUCACCAAUGCGUUGGGGAGACCGAAACUGGCAGAAAACUGUACCUAGAAUCACGUGACGUCGCCCGAUCACGCAAUUUUCGAGUCGUAGCUCGUACCCACCAGUAACACCACGCGGCAGCGCAGCGAAGUGCCUUUUCCGGAAAUCGCAUAUACAGGGCACCUUUUAGGUGUUCCAGUAUCAUUGAUACUUCUUCUUGACUGUCUUAUUUCGGAUUAGCAACCCAGCACAUGAUGGCUACGCCGUUACAUGUGAUAUCGGGCGCUCAUGCCUGGAGGCCCCUAAGUACAAAGACAAUAAGAUGUCGACAUUUCUCGCCACAACGAGUAUCAAGAGUUGGCAGUAUAGCUCUCUUGAAACUGACUGGUACAAUGGGUUUCAACGAUAUUUCACGUUAUAGCACGCCUGCUCCAUAUUCGACUGCUGCCCCGAAACAACAGGAUGUUGCCGCAAUCGUAGUUGGUGGCGGUGCUGCUGGUAUAGCCGUGCUGGGAAGCCUGUUAGAGAGGAUAGGCCACGGAAAGAUCGCUUGGGUCGACACUGAGUUCAAAGGUGGCCGCAUCAACCGCAAGUACCGCGAGGUUCCUAGCAAUACCAAAGUCGGCCUUUUCCUAGCAUAUGCGCAGGCGACCAAACCCUUUCUGGAGGUAUUGGAGAAUACGCCCAAGCCGAAUGCUGUAACGGCUUUAGAAGAUUUGCCACAAGAUAGCACUUGUUCAUUGGGCUACGCUGGAGAUAUGCUCAAACUGCUUUCUGAUGGUUUGGUGAAGCAUCCAAGAGUAGAGCGACACGAGGGCAAGGUCGCAGAGGCGAGCUUCGAGCCAGGGAGUACAGAAUGGUCACUGAAAAUUCAAGAGACUAAGACCGGAACCCUGCAAACCCGCAAGGCACCACUGGUUGUUUACUGCACAGGAUCCUCACCGACUGCGGUGCAACUUCCUGGCGCAUCUUCCACAAGACCACGUCUCUUGGACCUCGAUCUAGCCCUUAAGCCAUCUGAUCUGGAAACAACCAUCUCCAAAGACAAGGCGGUCACCGUCGGCGUCGUGGGCGCUUCACACUCUGCCAUUCUAGUCAUCAUGAACCUCUUUAAAUUGACACAACAGACCCACCCACAUCUGAAGAUACGUUGGUUUUCACGGUCACCGAGCCUUAAAUACGCUAUAUACAAUGACGGGUGGAUUUUAUACGAUAACACUGGACUGAAAGGUGAGGCCGCGCGAUUUGCUAAGGAGCAGCUCGACGGCGAGAACCUGAACAAGAGUGAUGCUGGAAAGGUUAUUCGCAGAGUAGAUUGCUCUGGUGGGGUGGAGAAGGAGAAAGAAGCCAUGAAGCGUGAGCUGCCAGAAUGCGAUUACGUAGUUCAGGCCGUUGGUUUCACGCGGGAUCCCCUGCCCAGCAUGCAGGAAAUACUUGAGUUCGACCACAAUACCGGCGGCUUCAAGGACACGAGUACUGGCAAAGAGCUGCGGGGCUUAUUUGGCGCUGGCAUUGCAUUCCCGGAAAGGGUUGUUGACAAGGUGGGUAAUGUAGAGCAUGCUGUUGGGUUCUUCAAGUUUAUGAAGUUCUUGAAGAGAGUCGUUCCGGAGUGGGUUUCGAAGGCUUACCCUUGAAGAAUUAUUUAGACGGGGACAAGGUGCACAAUGCUGCCACCCGACUGCGAACGUUAGAACACAGCCUUCUGUAUCAUAGACUUCAACAGUUGUUAUAGAUGUACAUCAGACCCACAUAUUUCAGUAAAAUUAUAAACCAA